AAUUUUUCUCUGUUUUGUAGCUCCUGCUAUGUGGAUAUUUGUUAGCAAUGACUGAUGUGGAAACUACAUAUGCAGAUUUUAUUGCUUCAGGAAGAACGGGUAGAAGAAAUGCAAUACAUGAUAUCCUGGUUUCCUCUGCAAGUGGUAACAGCAAUGAAUUAGCCUUGAAAUUAGCAGGUCUUGAUAUCAACAAGACAGAAGGUGAAGAAGAUGCACAGCGAAAUUCAACAGAACAAAGUGGGGAAGCCCAGGGAGAAGCAGCAAAAUCUGAAAGUUAACACCCCACUUUGAUCUUCAUCAACACCUGACAAUGUCUCAAAUCUCCAGGCCUGGCUGGAAUGCAUUUAUUUCCAAGAGUGAAAAGGGGAAAAAGAAAAUGGCUGUGCUGCAUUGCAGGAACCUGCUUGUUAUGUUAAAAAUGGGGGCAGAGGCUGUGGCUGCAGACAGACUUUUCUCUACCUCUGGCAUCAGCAAUGGUUGAAAUCAUGUGGCUUGUGUUUGGAUGUCAUUUUUGUACGGAUCCUUUCACUUGACCAUAUGAUUAAAUGCUUGUAGAGAGUAGCACCGACCUAGGUGAUGAUUCUUCCUGUAGCAUCUGGCCCCUCACAAUGUCAGAGGAUUUAAUUGUGUCUAAUCGCAAAGGGUUGGUUGAACCCCAGAGUUUAAAUAUCUCUGGCCCAAGUAUUCACCCAGUAAAAGAACCAUCCAGAAAGCACUGUUUUUAGCAUUAUGUAUCUGUGUGUUCCUGCUGUGUUAUUUACACUGUUUUGUAUUAUACAAUAUAGAUGCUCAGCACUG